AUGGAUACUAGCGACACCCAUACUUGGUCGGCAUUUGCGGAUCUUCUCGCAGAGUCUUCGCGUGUUCUGUGUCUGGUCGGUGCCGGACUCAGCGCACCAUCUGGCCUGGCCACCUGGCGUGGAACGAACGGGUUAUGGAACGACAUCAAUCUGAAAGAACUUGCUUCUCCCAAAAAGUUUCGAGAGGAUCCAGUUACGGUGUGGAGCUUCUACGGCGAGCGUUUACUCGAGGCGUUGGAAGCGAGGCCAAAUGCUGCACAUCAUGCGUUGGCGGCGCUUGCUAAUUGGCAUCAAGGAUGGUUGAGUAUCAAUCAGAACGUUGACGGGCUUCUCGAGCAAACUGGUCAUCCCAUGUCAAGGCUACUGAAUAUUCACGGUACACUAAAGAUUGUUCGGUGUACUGCAUGCGAUUACUCUAUCAACGUCCAUAAGCCGGAAGACGUCCCAUUCCUUCUUUCAUUAUCCAACACUGAUCACAAAGCACGCUCAGUCGCGUUAUCUGACCUUCCACAUUGUCCCCGAUGUGCAAAUCUGUUACGCCCAGGAGUUGUUUGGUUUGGCGAGAGACUUGCUGCUGGCGCGCCAGACAGUGUUGAUGAGUGGAUGUCAGAAGAACACAUUGAUUUGGUGAUUGCCGCUGGGACUAGCUUGCAGGUUUUCCCAGCUGCAGAGUGGGUAAGCACCGCACGAGCGUGUGGAGCAUCUUUGGCUAUUAUUGAUGCGGGAGACUAUGAAAUAGUGGAGGAGUUCGACGAAACAGAUUGGUUCUUAAAGGGGGAUAUCGCGUUUGUUCUACCUAAGAUAGUUGAUAUUCUCAAUUCGUGA